CCUUAUGAAUGUACACAGUGUGGAAAGGCUUUCACACAGAGAAGUCAUCUUGCUGCACAUCAGAGAAUCCACACUGGCGAGAAACCUUAUGAAUGUACACAGUGUGGAAAGUCUUUCACAUGGAGGGUCGAUCUUACUGUACAUCAGAGAAUCCACACUGGAGAGAAACCUUAUGAAUGUACACAGUGUGGAAAGGCUUUUACGCGCAGACGUGAUCUUGCUUCACAUCAGAGAAUACACACUGGAGAGAAACCUUAUGAAUGUACACAGUGUGGAAAGAGUUUUAGACACAGGUGCAGUUUUGUUGCACACCAGAACAUGCACACUGGAGAGAAACUUUAUGAAUGUACACAGUGUGGAAAGGCUUUCACUCGGAGGGGCGAUCUUACUGUACAUCAGAAAAUCCACACUGGAGAGAAACCGUAUGACUGUACACAAUGUGGAAAGGCUUUUACACAUAGAUAUUAUCUUGUUAUCCAUCAGAGAAUCCACACUGGAGAGAAACCUUUUGAAUGUAAACAAUGUGGAAAGACUUUUUCACAUAGGAGCAAUUUUGGUACACAUCAAAGGAUUCACCAUAGUGAGAAACACGAAUGUACACAAUGUGGAAAGGCUUUCCUACACAGGGCAAGUCUUGCUGCACACCAGAACAUCCACACUGGAGAGAAACUUUAUGAUUGUACACAGUGUGGAAAGGCUUUCACAUGCGGGGAAAAUCUUGCUAAGCAUCAAAGAAUCCACACUGGAGAGAAACGUUUUGAAUGUAAUAAAUUUGGAUAG